AUGGCUGCCACCAUGCACCGGCUCAUCAUGUCUGCUCGCACCCAGCGGUCCUUACUAGUUGGAGUGCUGGUGAUGCGCUUCAUGUGCGUCGAGUGCAAGGUACAAGCAGGGACGCUGACGUUCGGAGGAGCGGCAGCAGAAGAGCAAGAACAGUGGAGAUUUCUCGGCAAGUUCGGUUAUGCGAUCGGCACGGGGCGCUAUGAAAUUCGGCUGAGGCUCCACAACAUCUUGCAUGAGGAUCAGGUUUUGCCUAGACCAGACUUGGAGAUCUUCCUGGAUGAGGAUUGGCCAAAGCAGGGACGCUUCUCUGCUUGCAAGCGGGCGGAGGAUGUGCCGGCGAGGAAGACCCACGGAAUGCUAGUCCCCGGGCAGCACGGUGAGUGGGGCCCGUGGGAAGUCGGAAUGUUGUAUCAGACAAUUCGUCCUCACAUUUGGUAUUUCGCCCUUUCAGAUUGUCCAGAUCAGCUUGCACGGGGCAUGCCCGGAGACCGGAGCUUUAGCUACACAGUGGACUACGAGAUUCGCUGGAGGCAGUUCGACGACUCCGAGCUUGGUUUGGAAAUGAGGUACAUGCCAACUGCCACGGUGUUAGUCCUGCUGAUGCUCUCUGCGAUGGCAUGCUGGUUCGUAGCCAGAAGCAGAGCUCUUCGUCAAAGCCUAGGACGGCUUCAUCCCGUAGUUCGUGGCCUGCUCUUCGCGGUGGGCCUCCAUUGGGCAUCGCAGGCGCUUCACCUGGUACAUCUCUUGACAUACAAGAAGAAUGGACAAGGGCUGCCGAUGGCGGAUGGACUCGCCGAGGUGCUCUUCAUGUUGAGCCAAGUUGCGAGCGCCUCUCUGUUGAUAGCAAUAGCUCAGGGCUACACCUUGAUUCGCUCAAAGUUGAGCGAGGUUGAACUCCUAGUGCCCGUGGUCACUGUGAUCACCCUCCUUCAUGUGGCUUUGGUGGCGAUGGGCAAGCUGCAAGCCGAGGAUUUCAAGUACCACGAGAACGAGGGGCUCGUCGGCUGGAUCCUUCUUACGGCUCGAUUGAGUCUCUUCGCCUGGUUUCGCAGUGGCAUCCAGCGACUGAGAUCGGCAGGCGGCAUCAAGCUCCAGAACUUUUUGCAAAUAUUCGAGAUCGCCGGGUCGGCGUACUUCCUGGCAUUUCCAACUAUCUUCGUGCUGGUUCAGGUAUUGGCACCGUACCUUCAGCAUCCAAUCUUGCAGACGACAUUGCUGGCUGUGCAAACAGCCUCGUGGCUGUGGCUUGCAGACCUCUUCCUCAAGCGCGGCAGCUAUUUCGAGGUGUCAGAGCUGAGUGCCUCGAUACUGCCUGGGGUGAAGAGCUUGAAGCCGAAGGGCGACUUUGACUACGUCAUACCCAAGACUCAGGCUUUCUCUUUCCGAACCGCGUCACAUCCGCCAACAUUCCUUUUGGGGAUACAGCCGCAGCAGCCGCACCCCAGUGCUCAGUGGCAGGUAAGCCUUCAUCCACUUGGAAAGAGCCCUCUGCCGGGCUCUUCAGCCAGCCAGCUUAGCCACGGCUGGGGCAGCAGGUACCAAGUCGUCACCGAGAAGAGAGAGGAGCCGGCCUGGGAAGGGAGCGUGAAUCUCAAGUCCAAGUACGCAGAAGAGGCGCGAAUUGACAUCUUUGUGGUGGACUCUCGGAUUGCCCACCUGGAGGAUAUUCAUUCGCAGAAGCAGUGCAGCUUCGAGGGCAGCUGGCAGAACUUCAGCGAGCGAGGGCAAGGACGGCACCACAGGGUCCUGUCUUUUACAGCAUCUGCAACGGGCUUCUUCCUAAUGGUUCAGCUCCUCCUUGCCGGGGUAGUCCUGCGGCGCUUCUUCUUGUUCGUGGACACUGGGAAGCUUCUGAGCCGCGUGAUUGUCUUCAAGUUCUUUGUGCAGGAUUUCCCGCAACAGAUGUGUAUUGCAGCUUACUUGUAUGCUUGGUACGCCGAAAAUGGGCUUCGCUGUCAAAUGUGCCUGUUCCAUCCGAGUCACUGUGAUGAUCAGCAUCCGCUUCACUCCACCAACCUGCUGGUUUGCCUCUUCACUUUGCUCAGUGCCGUCGCCAACCAGUUGCUGUUGCAAGCGAGGCUGAAGCCAGGCUAUGACAGCGAAGACGAAUGUGUGUUGUGCUUCUUCCGUUUUGUGAUGCUGUCGGUAAGUAUCUUGCCGUUCUCCACUGCAAUGUGCAUGUUAUCGGCCAUCAUGCUGCAUUUGAAAUCUCCUCUGAUUUACUUCAUGCUCGGUGUUCCAACGGUUCUGGGCUGGGGGGCGAUCACCUGCGUGCCGCUCUUCAUCUGUUGCGAUGAUGAGUUGUGA